AUGGCGCCGCACUCCCUUCUCUCCGCGCCGCUCCGCGCCGCGCCGGGCGGCACGUCCGUGCUCCGCACCGCUCACUCCCUGCCCCGCCGCGCUCUCAGAGCGCGGCCGAAGGCGCCCCGCCGGGCGGCGCGGGCGCGGGCGCGGGAGCAGGUACCGAACAGCCGCCCACGCUGCACCGCACAGCACCCUACGGCACCGCACCGUUCCGUUCCGCACCGCACCGUACCAUACUGUACCAUACUGACCCAAGCCGAGCCAAGCCCAGCCGCUCAGGUAGGAGAGCCGAGGCGCGGAGGGGAGCGCGGAGCAGGAGAGCCCUCGCGGAGCACAAGGGCCCGCGGCAGCUCGGCGAGAAGCGGGGUGUCGGGUAAAGCCUGGCUGAGGGCCCGGGAGUCGGAACGGGGCGAGGAGAGCUGGAAGGAAAGGGGCUGUUGCGAGGCCGAAACCAACAGAAACUGCACCGCUGAGGACGGCAGCCUCGCUCGCACCCCGGGGAGGAAAGGAACGCAGUGUCUCAGCCAGGCUUCCCCAGCAAGAAACUUCACAAAACUAGAGACUUUUCCGCGUCCGAGCUCCCGGCUGUGGCGGAAGGUCCGGUCCUCGGGCCGGCCCCGCCCCGCCGCUCUUCGCGCCCUGCCGGAGGGCUCCAGCCCGGGUCGCGUUUUUAGGGCCGUUGUUGCUUCCUAAAGAGCAGACCGCUGUCGUGGUGGACACGUGGACAGUGCGCAUUCUGGAUGUGCUCUCAAAAAAUCAUAGCCCGGGAUUGCAGAAUAAGAGAUUUAUGGAUGAACAGCUUGAAACAAACCACGGGAACAAAGUCACUUUCUAAGUGACAAAUCGGUUUGCAAAAUUAAACUUAUAUUCAGAGAUAAAAACUUAAAUGGAGUUUGUAGCAUCCUCUCUGGGAAACUGAGUAUUAUCCAAAAUGGUGUUCCAAUGCAAAUCACUAUGAAUCUGGGUAAAGGCUUUCUUUUAU